CCGGAAGUGAUUUUGUUUUGUUGCUGAGACGAUGACGUGUCUGUUUUGUGCUAUAGAUCCACUGUCAUAUAUGUUUGCAAGCCGUAUGAUAUUAUUCACUAGCCUGCUGAGGAGAGGACUCUGUGUGAAACCAUUCUGGGACCAUCGUUACCAAAACGCUUCGGUGGUAUUACUGAAUGAGGUUAUAUUCAUGACUGCACUGUCAGACUUGGAGCCUGCUAAAAAGAGACUGCGGGUUGAAGUUUGCCUCCAAACACCUGUCGGCUCAAGGAGCCCUCAAUCAUUGGCUUUCAAAGCAAGUUCCAAAGAGGCAAGUCUACACGCAAUGGAGGGGCAGCAGCAUGGUGCCAAAGCCACAUCUCUCAGUCAGGAAAACAAUCCCAAGUCCCAACAGAAUAACCUUGAUAAGUGGCUGUUGAACCUUUCCCAAAGCACCACAAGCCCAGCUUCUGACAUGUCUGAAGCUGCUGAAAAACAACUGGAAGAUGUAGAGAUGGUGAGUCCAGACAGCUCUGAGUCUGGCUGCAGUCACAAGAUCCAGUUUAUGGAGACAGAGACAGAGGCCCAGACCCAUAGUUCAGACUCUGAGGAACCUGUUGUCUCUAGUAUUAUAGGCCUGGAGGAUGAAGAGACAGCGCCUUUAACACCAACUGACAGCCUAAAGGAUCACAAGCCCGUCUCGCAAGUCUCCACAGAUCACAGGCCUGUCUCAGAAAUCACAGAUCACAGGCCUGUCUCGCAAGUCUCCCCAGAUCACAGGCCUGUCUCGCAAGUCACCACAGAUCACAAGCCUGUCUCGGAAGUCUCCACAGAUCACAAGCCGGUCUCGCAAGUCUCCACAGAUCACAGGCCGGUCUCGCAAGUCACCACAGAUCACAAGCCGGUCUCGGAAGUCUCCACAGAUCACAAGCCGGUCUCGGAAGUCUCCACAGAUCACAAGCCGGUCCGCGAAGUCUCCACAGAUCACAAGCCGGUCUCGGAAGUCUCCACAGAUCACAAGCCGGUCUCGGAAGUCUCCACAGAUCACAAGCCGGUCUCGGAAGUCUCCCCAGAUCACAAGCCGGUCUCGGAAGUCUCCACAGAUCACAAGCCGGUCUCGGAAGUCUCCGCAGAUCACAAGCCGGUCUCGGAAGUCUCCACAGAUCCUAAAGGGAACAGUGAUGAGCAAAUGGAGGAGACCGUGAGCCAGAGCAACAAGGAGCUGGACAAGCAGCAGGACACAGAAAGAUCCUCCUCCUCCAAGGAUAAAGGAAAAAUAACAGACUUCUUCGCCCCAUCCACAAGUGCCCAAGCUCCUUCGGAGAAACAACACAGAUAUGGAGACGUCCCGCGUGAGAAACAACGUGGAGACAGAGAUGACGUCCCUCCGCCGUCGCCGCCGUACGAUUCCAAGUGGCUGGGAAGCCCCAUCGGUGAUCUGAGGAGAAUGCCACAGUGUGGUCGACCACUCCCACCACUGAGGAAUAGUCCUGACCAUCACACUGUCAUGAUCAGGACAGACCUCCUUCAAACAGGCAAAAUUCCUGUUCCCUAUCCCAACAAGUUCAAAGACACCUGGGAUGAGGUCCAUGUGAAAAUGCCCUGUUCAAAGAACAACCUAUUCCCAGUAGGAAAUCAGGAGGUGCAGGAACGGUGGGAACUCAUCCAGAAAGCUUUAAACAGAAAAUUUUGCAGUUCCCAUGAUGUGAAGAAUGCCAUAUUGAAGUACAAUGUUGCUCAUGCCAAGAGAUGGGACUUCACAGCUCUUCAUUUGUUUUGCAACAAGGAUCUGGAGCCUGACGUCGUUCAUCUGUUUGGGUCUCUGCUGCCUGAAAUGGUCCAAUUAGCACUGCGGGUGUCUGAGCUGUGUGGCAAGCCCAUCCCUCUGCUGAAGGAAGGGAUGAACCACUCCAUCACCCUGUCUCAGGUGCAGGUGGCUUCUCUAUUGGCCAACGCCUUCUUCUGUACCUUCCCCCGACGCAACUCCAGGAAGUCAGAAUACUUCAACUACCCUGACAUCAACUUCUACAGGCUGUUUGAGGGCUCUUCCCCAAAGAAGAGGGAGAAACUUAAAACACUUUUGUGCUAUUUUAGAAGUGUAAUCGAGCAAAAACCUACUGGACUUGUAACAUUCACAAGAAAAUGUUUGGAUCGUCCUCCAAAUUGGAAAAACUCCCAGAAUCAGCUUACCAAGCUUCACAUAACAUGUGCAGGAACCAUAGAAGACGACGGACACGGCAUGCUGCAGGUGGACUUUGCCAACCGGUUUGUGGGCGGAGGGGUCACCGGAUCAGGUCUGGUUCAGGAAGAGAUUCGCUUCCUGAUUAACCCUGAACUCAUCGUCUCUCGCCUCUUCACUGAYGCCCUGCUGCAAAAUGAGUGUCUCAUCAUCACAGGUACUGAGCAGUACAGUACAUACACUGGCUACGCAGACAGCUACCUAUGGGACGGCAAACAUCAGGACAAGACCCCAAGAGACACCUGGCAGAGGAGGUGCACAGAGAUCGUAGCGAUGGACGCUCUGAUGUUCAAGAACUUCCUCGAACAGUUUCACCCUGAGAAAAUGAACAGAGAACUGAAUAAGGGGAGAGGAGUCAGGAUCUCUCUGCGGUUGCUACAGGGAACUGGGGCUGUGGUGUGUUCGGUGGAGAUGCUAGAUUUAAAG